UUGCUAAAUUCUUUUCUGGGGCUUUUCACUUGUCAGAACAAGCAGAGGCACGACGUCAGCACAACAGAGAGAGAGAGAGAGAGAGACACUGAGGGGUGUGUCAUAGCAAUUUAGUUCCUCAAGGAAGUACAACUCAACACUAUCUAAAGACGGCAGCCCUGACAGAAGAAGCGCUGCAGGAGGGCUACUUUCCUUCAGGGUUCUGGUUCUGCUCGUGGUGAAGAUGAAGAGAUCCGGUUAAAUCAAGCGGGCCUGUCAACCUGAGACAGAGUGAAGGAGAAGAAAGAGAGAGAGAGAGAGAAACCAGGAGGUGAUGAGAGUCAGUGAUGAUGUCACUCGGCAUCGAGGCCCGGAAGGCUCUCUGAUACCAGCGCCGGAGUCAAAAGAGGCCUUCACGAAUCCCCCCUCUUGAGCCCUGCCACCAUGGACGCCUUCAGCUCCAAGGACCUGGCCUUGAGGGCGCAGAAGAAGAUCCUCAGCUCCAUGGCCACCAAGAGCUCCGUCCAGAUGUUCAUCGACGACACCACCAGCGAGAUCCUGGACGAGCUGUACCGCGUCUCCAAGGAGUACUCGGGCAGCAGGUCGGAGGCCCAGAAGGUGAUCAAGGACCUGGUCAAGAUCGCCGUGAAGAUCGGCCUGCUGUUCAGGAACAACCGCUUCAGCACGGAGGAGCUGGGCGUGGCCACGGACUUCAAGAAGAAGCUGCACCAGGGCGCCAUGACGGCCAUCAGCUUCCACGAGGUGGACUUCACCUUCGACAAAACGGUGAUGGCGGAUCUCCUGACCGGCUGCAGGGACCUGCUGCUGAGGCUGGUCAACAGCCACCUCACCCCCAAGUCCCACGGCCGUAUCAGCCACGUCUUCAACCACUACGCCGACCCGGAGCUGCUCACCAAGCUGUACGAGCCCGGCGGCGCCUUCGCGCCCAACCUCGCCAAGAUCUGCAAAGGGCUCGACAAGAUGAUCGAGGACGGGACGAUAUGACGAUGACGAUGGUGGUGGUGACACGGUCACACAGACACUGGGAGACCCACGUUCCAAGACUCUGUUGGACUAGAUCUUAAUGAGGACUGACGCCGUUCUUAAGGAACACGCGGGGACGCGGUCGCUCGGCUUUUUCCUCGAGUUAUUAGCGCUCGUAGGCGACGCGUCGUGUGUCGUGUAUACUCGUCGGUUUCAGACGGCGCUCGUGGAAACUUGAGUACAAACCGGUUUAGACCGCAUCAGCUGUUAGAACAGUCGUCUAAUGUAAAUACUGGAGGCCUUGAAAUGAUUCGUUAUGAACGACUGAUGUGGUGUUUGAGGAGGAGGAGGAGGAUGAGGAGGGGGAUGCCACUGUAAUACUGCGCUGCCCCCUGGUGGUCAACACGAUGCUCACACAGACUGUAUUCACAGGAUAAAAGCGAAUGAGGAGACACUUUGCAGCCUACGCUUGUUUAGAUGAUGAACAACAACAUUCGACUCUUAAAACAGUGUUGACUGAACGAGCGGGAAUGUUAAUGCUGUAAUUUGGGCUUUUAUGAUGAAUGUUUUUUUUUUUUAAAGACAAAGAAAGGCAAUAAUUAUUUUAAAAACAACCCCACCGGUCGAACUACUUGAUAGAAAAAAAGAGUUUGACUGUUGAUAUAUGUUCUUCUCUGUUUAUACAUUAAUUAGUUACAACUAUAAAGUUACA